AAAAAUGAAUAAAUUCCACAUUCUUUUACUUCUACUAGUGAUUUUUACUAUUACCGUAUUGUGUGAAGCAACACAAACUGCUGCUCUUGCUAAUUCUGAUUCUCAUAUGUUGGGAAAAAGGGAGGUUGCAGCAAUAAGAGCAAAACGCUUUGGAUGGGGUUGCUGUGGUGGAGGCGGUAUCGGACUCUUCUGGGGCGGCCGAUGAUUCU